AUGCCCGCGGGUGUGCCCUGGCCCACCUACAUGAAAAUGUUUGCAGCCAGCCUCCUGUCCAUGUGCGCGGGGGCCGAAGUGGUGCACAGGUACUACCGGCCAGACCUGACAAUACCUGAAAUCCCACCAAAGCCUGGAGAACUCAAAACGGAGCUUUUGGGACUAAAAGAGAGACAACAUGAACCUCAAAUUUCUGAACAGUAG